AUGGGCAGUUUGAGUCUUAAACGCGCUUCGGUACCUGAGCAGGCCGCAAAACGCCCGGCCCCGCACCGCGUCGUGUCCGUAAAACCCACCUCACGCCGGACCACAAUCGGGCCAGGACCGGACGGAGACGAAGAGAUGGGAACGCCGGGUACAACUCGGGCUUCGUCGCCACCUCAAGUGACGUCGAUCGGAGCGCAUCUCUCUGGUCCGCCAACAAGCACCAAUCUCGAUUCUGCCGCCGACACCGCGCCCUUUGCCCUUGCCCGGUUCGAGUUCGAAGCAGGCAAGGGUAAUGAGGGCACCAAGGUCCUAAUGGUGGAAUGGGAUCCCUCGAUAUCUCCGUCUUCCUCUUCUCCGGCAUCCGAACUCUCACCUACGCCAGGCAAGGCAUGGGAAGUUUCGUGGGAAGGCAAGGCAAACCAUCUUCCAGCAAGCGACAAUGUUAAAGGAACGCAUGAACGGAUGUACUUCUUGCUUCCACCCGGUGCCACUGUUCCUUCCACCAUUGCCAUUAUUCAUCCUGACGGUACAACCUUCACCAUCAAACCCCUUCCCGCCAUCUUCCCGCCAGGCCUAAGUGCCAGUGGAUUUGAUACUGGAACACGUGGGGUUCUUCACACCAUCUGGGCCAAGAAAAGAAUUCGUGAACUUCAAGAAGAAAUCGAGGCCGAGAAGAUGACAAACACCGAAAGCGUCGGCUUAGAAAUGGUGCUUCAGGAGCAGCAAUGGGUCGUCGAUCAUUUUGGUAUUGCUCCAAAUACCAACAACAUCGUCGAAGGCCGGAUGAUGUCCGCACCAGAAACUUUACCAAGCCCCAUCUCUCCUCACCUCCUAACCAGUGGCCGACUGGGAGAGAAGCUGAAGGGACUGAAGCUCGCGACUUCUGCAGCAGAUUUGAUUGCUGGUUCGGCUGACAAGAACGCGCAUCUUCAGCCCAUAUCUUUCUCACCCGCCCCCACUGGUAUGGCUUUUCACUCCUUCUCGUACCCUGCGCGGGAGACGACGACUGGCAACUUGUCCCUAGGAGGUUCGGCAUCAUUGGACGCCAUGCUCGCAGGGGGCGGCCUUCAUCCGAGACAGCAAGACCAGGAUCAGGAGGAAGAACUUUUUGCACUCCCGAUGAGCCCUCGCAGUCCUGAAAUGAAACGAAGUCCCUUUAGCUUCGCCUGA